AUGGCCGAUAAACUCCGCACCCAACAAGAACUCGAGCGCCUCCAGGCAAAGUACAUCGGUACAGGCCACCCAGACACGACCAGCUGGGAAUGGCGCACCAACAUCCAGCGCGACACAUACUCCUCCAUCGCCGGUCACCGACCUCUCCUGUCUUAUAUCGCACUUGCUGAGAAUGAGCCUAUCGCCAAGGUCCGCGCUCAAAUGAUCCGGAAAAUGGUACAGCCUUGCGGUCCGCCUCCGUCGCGUGAGGAUUAG